AUGAGUCUGGGUGAUCCACGGCACACAGCAUAUAACGGCUGGAUCACCGUCUCACCCUUGUCUCUUCCUGCUCAGAUCGCCAAGGUUGACGGGAAGGGCAGCACCGACUCGCACCGCCAGGAUCCGGAAGAAUUUUACGUGAAACAAGAUAGAAUCGGCAAAGGAUCUUUCGGAGAGGUUUACAAGGGCUACGACAAGAGAACACAGAAGACCGUAGCUAUCAAGAUUAUUGAUCUUGAAAGCGCCGAAGAUGAGAUAGAGGAUAUUCAGCAGGAAAUUCAGAUUCUCUCUCAGCUGGAUUCUCCUCAUGUUACAAAGUAUCACGGGUCGUAUCUCAAAGGGUCGCAUCUGUGGAUCGUCAUGGAAUAUUGCUCUGGAGGCUCAUGUUCCGACUUGAUGAAACCCGGGGUAUUUCGCGAAGAAUACAUUGCGAUCAUCGUUAGAGAACUUCUCAGAGGGUUGGACUACUUGCAUACAGAGGGAAAGUUGCAUCGAGAUAUUAAGGCUGCGAACAUUCUUCUAUCUGCUAACGGCGAUGUCAAAUUGGCCGAUUUUGGUGUAUCUGGCCAGCUAUCUGGAACGCUUUCAGCAAAGAAGAACACGUUCGUCGGGACACCCUACUGGAUGUCACCGGAAGUUAUCAAGCAAAGUGGGUAUGACCAUAAAGCAGAUAUUUGGAGUUUGGGCAUCACGGCCAUCGAGUUAGCCAAGGGAGAGCCGCCUUACGCAGAACUUCAUCCGAUGAAGGUGCUCUUUUUGAUUCCCAAAAAUUCACCGCCGUCGUUGGAAGGACCAUUCUCCAAGACGUUCCGGGAGUUUGUGGCGUACUGUCUUCAGCGCGAUCCCCGUGAUCGUCCAACAGCGCGCGAUUUGUUGAAACAUAAAUUUGUCCGUAUGGCUAAGAAGACGUCUUAUCUCACCGAGCUUAUCGAAAGGCAUGAGCGAUGGAAAGCCGAGGGUGGAGAGAGAGUGGAGGAGGAAGAACGGCAGCACAUCGAGGAUAUUACCAAUAGCGAUCCCGAAGACCUCUGGGAUUUUGGUACUGUCCGGCAUGCUGCAACCGUUGGUCGUGCACAACACAAUCCCAUCCAGGUUUCCGGCCCACCACUUACAUGGGAGAACAAUGGUACUACGCGUUCCGACGAUUCUUCUUCAACAAGCUCGGGCUCCACGCUGUUGGGCGGACGCAAGGAGACUUUAGGCUCUUCGCUGACAACAUCUGUCAACCCGAAAGCGGAGCUUCCGCCCCUACCACCGUCCGCUCCACCUACGCCCAAGAAGUUCGAUCAGCAGGCCACUAUCCGGAAUGGUACUGCAGCUAGCAUCGCUCAGCAGCCGUCUGAUGAAUACGACGAUGACUACGAGGAUCCAGACGGAGAUGGAUUUCCAGCGACAGGAAUCCCCAAUCACGGGACUCCUAUUGACGAUGAGCUGCCUGAUACCACAAUGCUUGAUUCCGUGGUACUACCCGCAAUCGCAUCGUUGUUUCCGCGUGUGUCCACUCAAGAAGCACGCGUUGCUCUCAGCGCUCUUCAGCGGGCCUUCACCGAAGCCGAACGCAUAAUCCCCGGUGUCACUAUGGAACUUAUAAACGAGAUUGUAGACUCAGUCGAGCAUGUGGAAGAUGACCGAUGA